UGGACACAGAAAUUGAAUAUACUUCCCGCAUGGGCAAUCGGAUUUAAAACGUAGCAAACACAUUUAAGUGCCACAUCAAUUUCUGUUAUUGGAAACAUGAGCUCUCCACUCUCCACUUUGAGGAAGAGCAGACGAGCUCCCCUACCUGGGAUAGGCCUACAGAGCGACGGGGUGAGAAAGCCUUAUAAGGAAAGGUCAGACACCGACUAUGAAACUACAUUAUUCAGAGAGAUUUUCCCACAAAACCAGCCAGCACCCCACAACAUGAGCAAUGCUUCCAGAUCAAAGGUCAUGCAGAAGAUGAAAACCAAAGAAGCUUCUCCACCGAGUGAUUUUGAAUUGAUGUCCAGUAUGAUGCAGAAGAUCAGCCAGCUUGAGAAUAAAGUGAAAGCUCAGGCUUUGGAUAUAGAGCGCAAGGCAAGAAGAAUAUCAGUCCUGGAAGACAAACUGACUCUUUUGCAAGAGUCAAAAGAGAAAUCUGUAAAUAACGAAAUCAAAGAUGACGGAUUAAAUAAAUUGUGCCUCAAACUUCAAAAGCAAGUCUGGGAAAUGGAGAAGUUUCUUAAGGAUUAUGGAUUGAUCUGGAUUGGAAGUUGUGAGGAACCUGAUGUUUCAUAUCUUCUGGAGACAGACCAAGACAACACUUUGACAGGACCUUCUGUACAGAGGACAUUUAAAAUGAACUAUGACCUGGUCAUACAGAACAUCCAGGAGCUAAACUUCGUAGCAGGGGAAGGGGAGUCCCAUGUGACCCCCAUUCCUGGUGGGGCCAAACUUACCCAGCAAUCUUCAAUACCUCUGAGUCUCUACAAAAAUGGAAUUGUCAUGUUCAAUGGACCAUUUCGCUCCUAUCAGGACCCAACAACACAGGAAUGCAUGAAAGACCUGACAGAUGGAUUUUUUCCAUCAGAGCUCCAGGAAAGGUUUCCUAAUGGUGUGUCCUUCCAGGUUUAUGACAAACGGGAUGAAGAGUUUAUAAUUAGGCAACCUCAAACCGAGUUUCCUGGAAAAGGACAAACUAUAAAUGGAGCAAGAGGGUGGUCAGCAGACGGUUCUGAGGAGGCCAGAUUUACGUCACCAAGUCAGAUACCAGGAACAAAGCUGUCCAUGGAACAGUUUCUGAGGAAACUCCCAAAGUGUGUGGUGAAGUCAGGCAAAGUGAUAAGCAUUCGUGACUCAAUACAAGCUGAUCUACAGGGCCUCUCUGAUGGUGCUAAGAGCCAAUCGACAACCAUUGUGGAAACACCUGUCUUACAGGCCUUGACGAAAAGUGAGACAGAUUGCUUGGGGAAAGACAUCACCACAUUACGAGUGAAGUCAGAAGAUGGUGUAGAGACGUUCAUUGUAAAAAUGCACUACAGUGAGACCAUUGGAGAUCUGCGUCAUUACCUCGACAUGAAAAGAGGACCGAGUGGUUGCCCCUAUGACAUCAUUAGUGUAUUUCCAAUGCGAUGUUACAGCGAUGACACCCGGACGCUCCUAUCUUGUGGUCUAAUACCAAAUGCUGCACUAAUCCUACGUCCACAACCUUCAUCUCAUAGACAGCACGGAAACCCAGAGAAUGACCCUUAAUAAGUAUGCAGUCAUUCUGACAUGUUGUUUAGUAAUGCUACGGCAAAUG